UGUUCUGCGUCGGUCCUCCGCUGCCACCGUCGCUGAUCAAGCCCCUGUUUACCGCAACAAAGAAGCGGAUCCGUGCCUCCCCCACUGUCACAUUUGUCACAACGCUGGGAUUAUGUUGCUGUCAUCGGCGGACUAGAAAACUCACCGAUUCCGUUGUCUUUUUCUUUAUAAACCGCGUGAUAAAAGUGCGUUUCGUGGACGAUUUGUGUUUCUACGGAUCGACAGCAGCUGUAUUCUGACGCUAUGACAACCUAACUGGCAUGAGCCGCGACUACAUCCAUCACUCAUCCAUCACCCCCUUCAUCUCCCAGCACUUCCUCUUGUUUUGGCUCGACUCUCCUGCCCCCCUUGCUGCCUUGAUGAGGUAACGCAGAGUUCUUUUUUGUGCAGCCCCGCCCCUUGGCCACACCCUGCCCUGCCGCACCCUCUCCCUGUGUGGACCCUACACUGCACCGAUAUGGGUCAGAAGAUCUCCAGCGGCAUCAAGUCUAUAGACAGUCGUGGGGAGAGUGGUGGAUCGCCAUCGUACCGGCCGCUAGCGCACCGAAGACAACACCCAGAAUUUAGAGGUCCGGAUUUCUCAAGACCACCGAGACUAGACCUACUUUUGGACAUGCCUUGCGCUGGACUAGAUACCCAACUUCGUCACGCAUGGAACCCUGAUGAUCGAUCGCUUAAUAUUUUUAUCAAGGACGAUGAUAAGCUAACGUUUCAUCGCCAUCCCGUAGCCCAAAGCACAGAUUGCAUUAGGGGUAAAGUAGGAUACACUAGAGGGCUUCACGUCUGGAAGAUCCACUGGCCUUCGAGACAAAGGGGGACCCAUGCUGUUGUCGGAGUAGCCACUUCAGAAGCACCUUUACACUCUGUAGGAUACACUGCGCUGGUGGGCUCCAACUCGGAGUCCUGGGGCUGGGAUCUGGGGCGAAACCGGUUGUAUCAUGAUAGUAAAAACAGGGCACACAGUUCACUGCCCUUUUACCCGUGUUUCUUGGAGCCAGAAGAGUCAUUCACGCUGCCGGAUUCGUUAUUAGUGAUUUUAGAUAUGGAUGAAGGUACACUAAGCUUUAUGGUAGAUGGACAGUAUCUGGGAGUGGCGUUCAGAGGACUUAAAGGCAAGAAGUUGUAUCCGGUCGUCAGCGCUGUGUGGGGACAUUGUGAGAUCACCAUGAAGUACAUCAAUGGCUUAGAUCCCGAACCCCUGCCUCUGAUGGACCUGUGUCGCAGAGCCGCCCGCCUCGCACUAGGACGCGAACGCCUUCAGGAAAUCGAAACUCUCCCUUUGCCACAAUCCCUAAAGAAUUACCUCCAAUACCAGUGACCGACAAACAGAGGGACGCUACUGGACAGGCUGCAGACAAGGACGAAAUGUGAGGAUUUGAUGAAUGGACUGAAGUCUGCACUCAAGAGCACACGACCCCUCAAAACUUUGUCUUUAAAUGACAAGUGGGUAUCAACUGACAGAUUGGUUUUGACCUCUAAAACUUAAAGAUGGCACCAGCUUCAUAGCAAUCCACAGCUGCUUUAACUUGGUCUGUUUGAACUUGAAUAAAUUCUUAAUGACACUGUCCCACUCAUGCUCUGAAAGGAAACCAUCUUCUCAAAACAUCAUGAAGAGAAAAUGGUCAGACAGAUACCGCCAUCUUGUGUUGGAGCUGAGAACUGCACCCUACCAUAACGGGACAGGACCAAAUCACUCUGCGCUGCAUUCAAGAGCUGCAGGGAACAGAACUUUUAGCAUGCCAAACUUGUUCUUGGCUGAAGUGAAUAUCUCGAGGCAGGUAUAAGUCCGUUGUCUCCAAAUGCAUUCAGACUGUCUGUUACAACGCUUCUUUGACGAUGAUUUAUGAAUUUUAUUAUUUAUUAUUUAACUUUUUAUUUGACUUACUAUUUUAUUAUGGCUGACACUGCGCCUGAGUGACGAGAUGUCAAGUUUUACUGAAUGUUAUUGUUAUUUAUGCAGUUGGCAGUGUAAAAAGUCUUAUCCAUGUCUAUAGUCUAUUUUGAAUUAAAGACACUGUCAGAUCAA